CAAACAGGGUAAUGAAAAAAUCAAAACAAAAAACCAAAGCAAAUUACCUAUAUUUCUUUAUUUUUUCUGCAAAAUUACCCUAAAAUCAUAAAUUUGUAUCCAACAAAGAGCUAAGUUAUCUUUAUUAAAAUUGUUUUAAACUCUUGGAUGGAUACUUGCAUCUUGUGGACACCAACAGUUAACAGAUUGACAAACAUUUUUGAUUGCCAUUGCUAUGGUCCCUUCUUGGAAAAGCUGGUGUCGUCUAUGUGCCCGGGAAGACCAAGCCAACACUCAUAUCAGUUUUCAUCUGGGUAAUGAACUCGAACCAGACUAUCUUGAUACAAUCACUAAAUUCUUUUCAAUCGAUAUAAAACUCGACGAAUGGCCUCAAACCAUUUGUCCUCAAUGCCAUCAAUUUGUCACGAAUUUUAUUAACUUCAUUCAGAGAACAUCCAAAGUUCAAGCAAUGUUUGCCGAACUUUUCAGCAAUCUCCAUGAAGUUAUUGAUCCUGACCAAUUGAAGGCUCAAUAUGAACUUCAUGAACUUGGUGACAUUGAAUUAGAAUUGAAACUCUUUUCGAACAGUCCCACACAGGAACCAAUAAUAGAGUCAAGAGAUUCCCCUGAACAAAUGAUCGAUCUCGAAGAAAUCGAGUACAUCGACGAGGAGGUAUUGGAUCAACCACAUAUCAAAUCCGAAGAUUACGAACUUGAUGAUGACGCAAAUAAUCUCGACGAUGACGAGUGGCAUAACGAUGAUCCCCAACCAGAUCAAGAUGUUGCCUCCAAUAAUAGCCUUUCCGUAACUCAAAAAUCUGAGAAUGAAGAUGAAAAAGAAGAAAUACCGCCAAAGGGUUUAAAGCGAGGUCGACCGAGAAUCGAACUCGAGACAUUCUCUUGUUCUUCAUGUCAAAAGCAUUUCUAUUCGUAUUCAAAGUUUGCUAAUCACAAUCAGGAAGAGCAUGGCGUCUCAGUUGACCCACUGCCAUAUUCCUGUUCGAAAUGUAGCAAAGGCUUUUCCACCCAAAAAGCCUAUCAGACCCACGAACUUAGCCAUCUUCCUCCCGAAGAGAAACACAAGAUUCCUUGUCCAUAUUGUGAUAAGCAGUUCACAAAAAUAAACGGGGUACAAAGCCACAUUCGGACGGUUCACUCCGGCGAGAAGCCAUUUAUCUGUGAGGAAUGUGGAAAGGGUUGCAAGACAUUUGGGGCCCUUAAAGAGCACAAAUUGACACACACCGAGGAGACGCCCUUCAAGUGUCGAUAUUGCGAGAAAAGUUUUAAAAAUAAAUCCAGAUUAAAAACACACUUGGACACCCACAAUGAGACCAACUAUAUUUGCACCUCAUGUGGAUUGCAGCUCAACACACGACGUACACUUAAAAUGCACAUGUUAGUUCACUCUGACCAAAAGAGGCACAAGUGCGAUUACUGCGGCAAUGAGUUCAAACGUGCGAAAGCCUUGAAGAAUCAUCUCAUCCUUCAUACAGGUCUCAAGCCAUACACAUGCAAUUUCUGUGACAAAACCUUUGCCAAUGGGUCGAAUUGUCGCACUCACAAGAAGAAAACACAUCCCAUUGAAUUGGCAGCGAUGGAGGCUGCCGGAACAAAGGUCACAAAUCCCAACAUUCCCAAAUUGGAAAAACUUCGAGCUGUAACUUCUUAUAAAUCGGUUUUAAUACAAGACACUACGGACACUCUGGUCGGUCUAGGUCAGGAGUUUGGAUCGACUGUGAGUAUUGUGUCAAUAACCAAUGAUACGGAUUCAUUGAGAAGUGAUAAUCAGCUGUCGCAGCUGAGGACGACAAAAGAACAACAAAUCAUCCUGAAUAAUCAAAGACAAAAGUCGGAGUUUGUACAUAACAAUAUGGGUUAUGGACAACUGCCAAUGAGCUCAACCAAUAUCGACAUCAAUCUCUUCCGAUCUGAAACUAAUUUCCCUGAUGAAUUAAAGAACUUAUUCUCCAUAAAUAUAUCAGAAGCAAGUAACUUGAGUAGCAUGAUCUGUUUAAAUUGCCAUGAAAGAGUCAAGGGAAUCAUAGCAUUUGGCAAUAAGGUAUCAAGGGUCCAGUCAAUGUUUUUAGAAAUAUUAAAUAGUAACAAAAAAGAUGAACUAGAUUUAAAACAACUCAAAGUCCAAUACAAACUCGAUGAUGAUGAGUUUGACCGGAAGUUGAUUGAUAUCAAUGCAAUUGAUAAAAUUGAUGACAAACAAACAAAUAUAUUGCAAGACCCUCCCAAUGAGAUGGUUGAUUUGUUUGAACCUUCAAAUAUAAAAGUUGAAACCACUUUGGAAGAUUUUUCAGAUGGGUUUGAUAACGAAGAAGAUUGCUGUAAUCAGCCAAUUGGUUUAGAUAAAGAUGAAUCCAUAAAUAACAAUGGCAAGCUCAAGUCGGAUUCCGAAACCAAGGAACUCACUGAAACACCAAAUAAAAUCAGACGAACUAGAGCUCGAGAGACACAACAGAAUACAACUAUUCCCAUCAAAUGUUCAGAAUGCAAAAAGACAUUUGCAAAUCUAAACAGUAUGAAACGCCAUUUAAGAAAACAACAUGGACUCUCAACAAGAGUUCCACGAAUUAAGUCUCCUUUUAUUUGCGAAGAAUGCGGAAAAAUAUGCAAAUCUCUGCCAAAGCUUGAUGAACACAAGCUAGUCCAUGUAGAAGAUCGACCCUUUAAAUGUAAACAAUGUGAGAAAUGUUUCAAAAACAAACUUCGACUUAAGUACCAUGAAGAUACACAUAGUACAACAUCAUACAUUUGUACAAUAUGCGGGAUUCGAUUGAAUUCAAAGCCGACACUAAACAUGCACAUGGUAAUACACUCGGAUGAGAAGCGUUUCAAGUGUGAUUAUUGUGGCAACGAAUACAAACGUGCUAAAGCAUUAAAAACCCAUCUAAUUUUGCACACAGGGCUUAAACCAUAUACUUGUGACUUUUGUGAUCGAACCUUUGCCAAUGGAUCCAAUUGUAGGAGUCACAAGAAAAAAUCACAUCCCGUUGAAUUGGCAGCAAUGGAAGCGGCUGGAAAAGCUAGUAGUUAUACAAAAGUGCCAGAAUUGAAAGAUUUGCGAGCAUCACUGCCAUUGAUAGGUAUUAAUGUUGUCCAAUUCUCCUCAGCUGGAUUUUCCAAAUCAAUUAAACUAAUCAUGUCGACACGACGGCCACGAAUAAAGGCCUCUGCCAACUUGGCUUUAGCCUCGAAACGUAAACCUAAAACCACUACUGAAACACCAUUAAUCAAACCCAAAGAGGAAGAGUCUGAUGUAAAACCCAAGCCUUCUGAUAUUAAAUUGGAAAAACUUUUAUCAAAUGAUACUGUAGAAGUAACAACUAAAAAUGAAAGUUUAUCUAAACCUCAAGAGAGUGUCAACGAAAGUCAGAUUGAUCACAGUACAUCUCUCUCCGAAGAACCAACUAACAAUGAGAGUUCAUCUAAACCUCAAGAGGGUAUCAAUGAAAGUCUGAUUAAUGAGAGUACAACUCUGUCCGAAGUUUCAGAAGUUAUUCAGACAAUACCUUACCCAGAAAUAGAAAAUGUUGGCGACUGCGUUAAUCCAAUUCAACCAAAGUCGCCAGCUCCUUUGGCUGUGGAUAAUGUUGUUCCUACUGAGCCAAAUCAAUACUUACUACCUUCCACUCAAAUCGUUUACACUGUAACAGAAACCACUCUUAUAGAAAGUCCAGAUAUUGUCCAAAAGUCUUCUGGGAAAACCUUGCAAAGCUUUGAAGAUGCUUUUAAAUACCCCUUCAAUCCAGACUACAAACGUCCCACACCCAUCAUCCAGCCAGUAGAAGAGAGCGCUACUUCUGAUUUGGAAGACAAUAUUCUCCACAUGGAUUUACAGAAGUCACCCGGAUUCCCAAUGUCACCGACCAAGGCUCGCCAAAGAAUUCGACCAACACCAAUUUUUGGCCAAAGACGUAAUAGUUUUAUACUUACCUCACCCUCACCCCACACAGAAGACGACACCGUUGGCACAACUCGUCAGAGAAGCUCAAACAGUACAUCAUCGGAUGUAUCGGGGAGUUUCCUAAUGAGAAAACUAGCAGCCGGGAAUCUAGGACGAAUACGUACUGAAUCAGGUUGCUCAACAAUAUCCGAGUCUCGUGGAGGAUCAUCACGAAAAAAUCCCAAUGAUGAGCAGAAAUCUUUAAAGAAAGAGUUUCAAAUGCGAUUCAAUGGCGGAGUUCCGGAUAAGUCAACAUUGAAAAUGUUUGAUCUAAUUUACUACAAUCCAGCAACAAAUCCCAUGGAAAAAAGACCCAAAGCAGAACAAACAACUGAAAAAUUUUCCGAAGAUGUGAAGGGAGUCGAUUCAAAAGCUGCAAUUGUUAAUGAAUCUGCAAUGCCAGUGCCACAAUUGAAACUUGGUUCAAACGGUGAACUUAUGAUUGACGAAAUGAGUUUGGAAAUUGAAACAACAGCUGAAGUUGAAGCGAGGAAAGUUUUAGCAAAUACCAGCUUGAUAUAUCACGAUGAGAAUACUGGGGGUGAAGGUUUUUAUAAGAGAACUAAACGCACAAAAGACUGGCACCACGAUGAGACAAUUAAAUUUUAUAGAUGUCUGCAAACUGUGGGAACGGAUUUCUCUUUAAUGUUAACUUUGUUUCCGAAUCGUAAUAGACGAGAUUUGAAAUUGAAAUUCAAGAAAGAGGAACGUUGUAAUUUGAAUUUGAUUAACAAAGCCUUGUUGUAUCCGGGGACAUUUAAUAUUGAAGAUUUGAAGGAGCAAUUAGAUGCUGAGGAUCGAGAACGUCAAGAACAAGAACGAUUGUGGAAGGAAAUUAAAUCAAAAGAAGCUAAGAAAACUAAAAAGUCGAAUGUUGUGAGUAAGGCAUCACGUAUCCUAACAUCGGGCGAGGAUGCGUACCAAAAUGAAAACAUAACCAAAGCCAAACUUUCCAAACGACCCCGCAAAGAGAAGAAAAAAGAUUCCGAGCCAAAAGAGAAACGCAGAAGGAAAAACAAUAAAAAACCAGAUGUCAACGUGAAAACAGAAUUAGAUGAUGAAUUGGAGGAACUACUAAACGGAUGUGAAACAGAAACUAUGGAUUCGAUUGCUGAUAGUGAAGGCUUGAACGAAGCAUCAAUAAAUCUAAUCCUCAGUGAAUUGGCCAAUGGAACUUUAGCUUUGGUUAGCAGUGAAGAUCUAACCAAUCCUAAUAAGGCGACAAUCAAUGAAAUAUACAUAAUGUGUAAAGAAACAAACACACUCAGUGACAAACCAUUGGACCUUCCCGAGGAUAUUGUCGAUGCUAUCAAAGCAGCAAUAUCAAGCUGAAAUAUAUAUAAAAUACCGUUAAAGUUAAUAAUGCAGGUUUAAAUCAAGCAACAAUAUUUAGGAUAUGCUACCUACACGAGUCUAAAGAAUGGAGUUAUUGUUUUUGUUUUUUUGCCAUAAGCUCAAAAAGAUUGCGCUUGCAUUUAAAAAAUUGUUUUUGUUAUACAAAUAUUUAUAAUUUUAUUAAAUAUAUCGUGGAGAUUAAAUA